AUGUCCUCUUCCAAAGUCUCUCUUCCAAACUCCCGCCGCGAUGCAAUUUUCAAGCAAAUUAAAUGCAAGAACGGCAACAACGUGUGUUUUGAAUGUGGAACACCAAAUCCGUCAUGGGCAUCAGUUCCAUAUGGCAUUUUCAUCUGUAUUCAAUGCAGUGGAAAACAUCGUGGAUUGGGUGUUCAUCUUUCUUUUGUCCGUUCGAUAGAUAUGGACACAUGGACAACAAAACAAAUGAGUAACAUGAUCAACGGGGGCAAUGACAAAUUUCGCACCUAUUUAAAGGAGCACAAAGUCAACAUGUCAGCCCCAUGGGAAAUGCGAUAUUCCCUUCCUCUCUGUGAAAAGUAUAAACAAAUGUUGACCGACAUCGCUGACGGGAAAUUGGCACCCGACGCUAUUCAAGUCACUGCAACCGCUCCUAUCACACCAACUCGGUCAUCGCCAGCUCCAAAUACUCGUGACCACAUACAACUUGAAAUUCCGUCAAAACCGAUUGUACAACGCGUGAAAAAGGUGAAGGCUUCAUCGACAGGACCAAGUGGGUCGAAGAAGGAACAAGUGCUUCCUGUGGUUGGUGAGCCGAAAUUAGAAGAGAAGGGCGAAAGUGUCAAACAGAGCGAGAAUGUGACGAAGGUGGUGUCGAAAACCAAAAUUGAAAUGAAAGAGCAAAAAGGAGGGAAAGUGGAGAAGAUUGAAAAGGCAAAGACCCCAUUUAUUAACUCGAAUGAUGAGUGGAAAGUCACAUCAAAUGAUGGUAAAGGUAAUGAACAAGAAGAUGAAGAUGACGGGUGGGACACUUGGCAAACCCGACAGAAGAAGGCGAAAACUCCAGUACUCUCGGCAGACUAUUAA